AUGAAUGUGUUGUCCAGAAUUCUUAAUUUGGAUGCUGCUAGAGGUAUGUUUGGCUACCACCCUAAAUGUAAGAAGAUAGGUCUCACUCACUUAAUGUUUGCGGAUGAUCUUCUUAUCUUUUGUAAAGGAAAUGUGGAAUCUGUUGUAGGAGUCCCUACUGUUUUAGACAAAUUCUACGAAAUGUCUGGACUUAAGCUUAAUGCGGCCAAAUGUGAAUUCUAUGAUGUUGGUAUCUCUAUUAAUAUUCUGGAAACCAUUAGCAAAACUACGGGGUUCAAACAAAGAAUCUUGCCUGCGAGAUACUUAGGGGUCCCUUUGGUAGCAAGGAAACUCUCUGAAAAGGGUUGUGUUGUUCUCAUUGAUAAUAUCAAGUCCAGGCUUUAUCGAUGGUCAACAAAACACUUGUCUUAUACAGGUAGACUCGAACUUAUAAGAGGUGUCAUGUUCAGUGUUACUAACUUCUGGUGCAUGCAACUAUUUUUACCUCAAUCUAUUAUUAAAAGGAUCGAGCAAUUCUGUUCUCGAUUUUUCUGGAAAGUUUCAGAUAAAGCAGCUACUGGAGCUAGAGUAAACUGGGGAACGAUAUGUCAAUCGAAAUCUGAAGGAGGGCUUGGUUUAAAGGACAUAAAAACAUGGAAUAAGGCGUGCCCAGGAAACGAGAGAUCACCUGUUCAUAGAAUGCCCGCUGGCAAGUUCGCUUUGGAAGAACAUCCUUCUUCUAACCGGCUUGCAGAGAUCUUCAUUGUCUUGGGAUAA